GUCAUUUAUGAGGAGUACAUGGCGAUAAUGGAGGAACGACGCAAGGUGGAAGAAGAGGCUCAUGCAGCCGAGCAGGAAAGUCAGGCGCUGAUGACCGCCGCUACGACUAUACAGGCAUUCUGGCGUGCCUACAAGACAAGAAAGAUGCAGAGAGGCAAAAGGGGCAAAAAAGGGGGAACUAAAAAGUCAAAAUAA